GUGGCAUAGUUGUGAUUUUUUUUUCUUUCUUUGCUCAACACUUUGGGGCGUGUUGCGUCUAGUUAACAAUCUGUUUGCUUAACUCGAUUCCCGCAGUCUCUUCCUACCUGCAGAACACAUCGAGAACGCUACACGUAUACACAACAGAAAAAGCUUGCAGAAUGUGCGACAAAAAGGUCAAAACCGAAGUGAAGCUGUUUGAUAAAACCAAACUGCGCAAGACUGAACCCGAAGAGAAGAAAUCACUUCCAACCCAAAAGGAGAUUGAAGAGGAAAAGAAAUUAAACGAAGAGGAACCUACCCGAAUGAUCAACGACGAAGUGGUGAGAUUUAACACCAAGAAGCUGCGGAAGACCACAACGGACGAGAAGAACGUACUGCCGACAAAGGACGUCAUUGAAAACGAAAAGAAAUUAAAUGAAGAGGAACCUACCCGAAUGGUCCACGACGAAGUGGAAAGAUUUAACACGAGCAAGCUGCGUAAGACUAUAACUGAUGAGAAGAGCACACUUCCGACUAAAGAGGAGAUUGAAGAGGAAAAGAAAUUAAACAAAGAAGAACCUACCAGAAUGGUUAACGACGAAGUGGCGAGAUUCAACACAUGCAAGCUGCGGAAGACCUCAACGGAGGAGAGGAAUCGCCUUCCGACUAAAGCGGACAUUGAGGCAGAAAAGAAAAUGUCAAAAGGCGGACGUAAAUGACUCACCCCUUUCUCAAGCUUGGCUUCUUCUCCCCCUCAACUACAUGAUCCCGUCCUAUCUCCUGCCUCCAUGUGCCAACAUGAGUUGAUUAAUAAAAAGAUAUUUCUGUAUUAGUGCCUUCAAGUCAUUCCAUGUAUUAUAAUAAUAGAAUAGAAUAUAGAAUAAAGCAAGUUCCGUUAUGCAGUUAAAGAACAAUUUGAACGUUACCAUUAAUGCUAUACUGAGAAUAUACAUUAUAUCCUGCUAGAGUUCCACACAAACAAUUUUGGAAAAUUGUGAGUUUUUUUUAACAAUUUACCUCACUUGCCUACUUGUUUUGAAUUGAAUUGAAUACAAAGUCAUGACAAGCCAAAUUGUAGGUGUCGUAACAGGAAACUUUAUUUUUUGAAAAAAAAUAAGAGAAUUUGCAAGUAUAGAAUUUGUGAACUAUUCCUUUGAUAAAAUGCAUACUUUCUUAGUAUAGGAUUAAUUGUGCAUUGUCUACCUUAUUAGAAAUGUUUGUUUGUCAAGCACCAAUUUACUCAAUAAAGGUUCACAACAGUUCAA